AAAUCCACUUUUCCAACUCUCAACUCUUCAUAACCCCCAUGCUCUCCUUAUUCCAUAACCACUUAUAUAACUCAUAGUCUCACACACCCUUUUUUUCUUCAUCAUUUCUUGGAACCAUACUAAAAUACAACUCACUUUUUUGGUUCAUUAUAUAACACAUAACCUCUUUGAGCCGUAUUUUGUUCAUCAAGUCUUGCAACAAUAAGAAAACAUACAUCUUUUUGUGUGUGUAGAUAUUGGCUUGCUUUUGGCUAUUACUAUAACAUUCUCUUAUACAAAAAGUAAUUAAUUAACAUGAUUGCAUCCGACAAAAGGGUUUCUUUGUUUGGAAACAAUGUCGAUCACCAAGAUGCAUCAUUCUCUUCUUACUUGAAAGAGAACAACACUACAGUGCUUAAGUUUACUCACCCGCCUCAUAUCAACACGAAAAAGAUGGUAGAAGAUGGAGAAAUUGGGAUUUUUGGAGCCGAAAAGUACUUCAAAGGAGCCAUGGAUGAACAAAUUUCAAGAACUCCUAACUCCAUCAAGUCUACAAACUAUCAUCCAAAAGACUCACCAAAAAAAGAUGAAGCGCCACCUAAACCAAAGACCGGAUCAGCUACUCCAAGUGUUCGUUCUGAAGCAAGUUGGAAUAGCCGAAGUGGUUUAUUGGCUAAUGGUGGUAACCAACGAAUUCGUGGUUCUAGAAGGGAGAAAAGUAGCUCUGUCAAGAACUUACUAGUCUCCCUUGGCUGCAACUGCAAUGAUAAGGCGUCUAUUAAGAUCGUCGAAAAUAAGGCUCCUGCCAAGGAACCUGUGAAACCUCCAGCAAAUCUUGCUGGAGGUUUCAAUGACAACAAGUUAAACAUAAAGAAAGAAGAUUGUUUUGCUUUUCCGGUGUUGAACACUUGUCCACCAAUGAAAAAUGAAGUAAAUGAAGAGAAAGGAGGUGACAUUAUUCAUGUGCAAACAAGAAGGAACUCGUUGGAGGUCUUCGGUUCUCCUAAGCUAGAAAAAGGAAAGAAGUCCUUUAGCCUAGAGAGAAAACUAACCAUGUUGAAUUGGGAUGGAGUGACUCCUAGAGCCGAAAACAUUGAUAUCAUUGGGGAAAACGAUGCAGCAAGUGACGCAAGCUCAGAUUUAUUCGAAAUCGAGAGCUUCUCAACUAAUGGAAAUAACUCAUUUCUUACAAGACAAGUUUCAAAUGGAAGAUCAAGCAAUGCAACACUCCCAAAUGGGUAUGCCCCAAGUGAAGCAAGCAUUGCAUGGAGCGUUGUUACAGCUAGUGUGGCUGGUUACUCGAUUAUAUCGGAUUAUGAAGAUACAAAAACAUCCAAGAAUCAUAACAUGGCAAAUUCUAGGAAUGUCAAGGCAGGUGGUGGUGAUCAUAUGGAAAGGAUGAUCAAAGGAAGUGGGAUCCUUUCAGGGUGUAAUAGUCAUAAAUCAGUGAGAGUUGCUGGUGAGCAUGUGGUGGUAAGUGGUGGUGAUAAGGUCGUGGUUACGAGUGGCACCACCACAAAAGAGCGAUUCCGGUUGGAUUCUAUGGUGCCAAUUAUGAAGCUCCAACCAGAAACCAAGCCAAUGAGUUCACUUACUCGAGGACAUUCACCGCGCUCUUCAAAUCACUUAUACAUUCAGCAGCAAUAAAGAGUACUCAUAUACAUUAUAUGUGUGUUUACAUAUAAGAAAAAACUAUUUGGUGUGUUGAUAGAUUUUCUUUGCUAAAGUGAUAUGUUAUGCAAAUAUUGUUAUUGA